GAAAACAAAACAACCCACGAGACGCAGGUGGUGCAUUCUCCUGGUCGCUGGCUUGUUGAUUUCUGCUGUUGUUCCUGUCUGCCUUGUGCCGUUCGCGAUGGAUUGCAGCCCACCGGAUACGCUGAUACUGAAAUCAAUCGUACACACAGGCACGAAGGUGGUUCCGUUUCGUGAUGGCACAAGGGUAAAAUUUCACUAUCAAACGAGAAAAUGUGACGAAUCGCGAACGCUCAUUGACGACAGUCGAACGCAGCAGAAACCAAUGGAGCUAGUGCUGGGCAAAAAGUUCAAGCUCGAGGUGUGGGAAUCGAUCGUACAGCAGAUGGCUCUGCACGAGGUUGCACGGUUCCGGUGUGACAAGUCGCUCGUGAUGCAGUACCCGUUCGUGUCGAAAACGAUCCGCGACGCGCAGAAACCGCGAGAAGAACGGAAACACUGCUGCGGCAUGACCGUACAGAACGAGGGCAUCGGGUACAAAGAUCUGGACGAGCUGUUCACCAACCCACAGGACCUGGAGUUCACCAUCGAGAUACUGUCGAUCGAAAGCCCGGAAGAGUACGAGAAAGAAUCGUGGCAGCUGAGUGACAACGAAAAGCGGUCGCUGGUGGAGAAGCUACGCGAACAGGGUAAUGCAGCGUACAAAGCGAACAACCUAACCGCAGCCCUGGAGGCAUACUCGUACGCUACGGGCAUCAUCGAGCAGUUGAUGCUGAAGGAGAAACCGCACGAACCGGAAUGGAAUGAGCUGGCUCAGAUGAAGGUUCCGCUGCUGUUAAACUACUCACAGUGCAAGCUGUACGAGAAGGAUUACUAUGCCGUGAUCGAGCACUGUACCGAGGUGCUGAAGUACGAUCAGAACUGCGUGAAGGCGUGGUUUAGGCGCGGCAGGGCCCACGCCGGUGCCUGGAACUUUGAUCGUGCGCGUACCGACUUUGAACGUGCUGCCGAGCUGGACUCCAACCUGCAGCCUUCCGUACGCAAAGAGCUGGCCAAGUUGCAGGAACAACAGCGCCUAAGGGAUAUAGAGGAUAAGUUGAAGUAUCAGAAGCUUUUUUAGAACAAUUUUUUUGGUAGUAGUAGAUGGGAAGAUAGGAGACUAGAAUGGAAAAGGGAUUUUUGCAAUAGUCUGCACUGGUUGUAGGCUGUACUGGGUUUUUUUUUCAUGCCCAAAGGUAGCAGGAAUUGUGACCCACUCCUACCUUUUAUUUUUGUCUCGCCGGUCGAGUACUUGUUUUUUUUUAUAAUGGUUUUUGUUUGUCGGUUUUUGUUUUUGAACCGUUUAUGUUUUGUAUUUGUGUUGUAUCAACUUUAUAUUUCUAUUUGUUUUUUUUUUUACCAGGUUGGUAUGUGUGCUAAAGUAGACUGCAUCUAGAUUAAAGGUCUAGAAUUAGCAGUCAUACAACUCGCCGUAAAGGUGUCAUUGUAAGAUUUUGUGUAAAGUUUAUUUUUUGGUUUUGGCUUACUUUACGGCCUCAUAUAAUGGCUAUUAUUAUAUGUCAUAUAACGGCUUUUAUAGACUUAUUUUAACAUAUCAGCAGGGCCUUGGCUAUAUAUGCAGAAUUUCGGGGUAUUUGCAAUAAUAGUGGUCAGUCUUCUUAUAUUAAGCUUUACAACUGUUUUUGGAGAUGUAAGCUGUCCCUUUGCUAAAUGUCACACGGUCGCUUGAAUUACCCAUAGCUGAUUGAUCAGUCGAUGGAUCUGCUUCUUCUUUACCGGCACAACAACCUGAAGAAGUCUAGAGGUCUGCCAUUUGUGGCUUUCUUUGACUUUAUUUAGCUUUGGAUAGUCAGUCUCCUAUACGGAGAGAUUGGUCCGGAUGUUGUUUCAGAUCGGUCCUGUCGUGUGAAGAACGGCGCACCACAGGACCGCCCCAUGAAGUCCAUGAAUAACUAUGUAUUUAAUUCCUUAUGUUUCUACAAUGGAUCUAAAUAUUUAUUAAAAAAACUCAUUUUUAUUUUUAUGUUAAGUUUUUUUCCAGAAAAUAUUCUUCUCCCUCAAACAUCAGAACCAAGCUAGUAUAUUUUAGCCGGAAGUCUUCAACCGUGUAUGGAAUGGAACAGAGUAACCGAAAAAAAACUCAGAGAAAAACUGAGCACUUGAAAUCAUAUUAAAACAAAAAAGUUGUGCAUAUUGGUGUUGGUGGUUCAAACGAUGCUUCUUUGUGGCAGCAUAAUCUGUGUAUCUCUUUGUUGUACUUUCAUUUAUAAUAUACACUCUUCCACAGUGAAACCACACGUAGUGCACAAUCGUUCUUCUCAAUCCAUUCAUCACUCUGAUUUCCAAGGGGAUUUGGUCAGAAAUUGUUUUCGAGUCAAAAGAUAGAUAAUUGUGCCAUUUCGGAUCAGUAAGGAUAAGAGUUUUUUUUUUGUGGAAGAACGAUAAUCAAUUGGGAGCAGCAGUGUUGCAGACAAUGUCUGAAUUGUUCGUAAGAAUCGGGAAAUAUAUGUAUAGAUAGUGGAAUUGUGCUUUCACACA